AUGGAAGGGCGGAAACUGCGAAACUGCCUUUACAAGAAAUUUAUAGAAGGGAGAAAAAAACUCUUUAUUAGUGAAUUGCAGGAUAGGCUGCAGGAGUUCGACGGGGGUUUCUUCGAAAAGUUUGGCACCCUGCUUAACGACCAAGUAAAGCAGGAUGAAGAGGCUGUUGUUGCAGAGCAGACUGUUGUCGACGACACCACUGACGAGGAACCAGAGAAUGAAGAAGAAAAGAGGGCCGAUCUCAUCUCAGAUGUAGUUGCCCUAAAUCCUCUACUGGUCCUUAAUACCAGUAAUGCGGCUGAGUGA